AUGCACCAAGUCCGAUCGAUUUUUGAGGGACUACCAGCACUUACUGUCUCAACGACGAUGGAGUUACAGAUCAAAAGUCUGGCGGCCGUGGACUUAAGCAGUGCGACCGCCGAAGGCUGGGGCAAGUGCGUGAAAUCUCUCCUGGCUUCAGGUGUUGAUCCUACAGGCCUUUACCAGGGCGAGGUUGCCCUUCCUUCUCUGCGAAACGACGCGGCCGCUGAUACCAGACGGUCGCCAGACUUCUACUUUGAAUCCUCUGAAAUGCCUGCCCUUCGACGAGCAAUUUCCAUUCAUCGCUCCUGUCAAGGCUCCUCAGCUCUGCAUGUCACCCUGACCGAGACUAUUGUCGCGCCAAAGAUCCAAGGGUUGUUCAUCUCGGAUGGCCCGCCAGUGGUUAGUCGAUGCAAGUAA